AUGGAUACAAAUCGAAACUCUAUAGGUUGCUGCGGCAGCUGCACGGGAAUCUUUCAGCGAAAGAGGAAUAGAAUUCAAGUUGAAGAAUCUCCUCGAACUCACGAACCUCCAAAAAUGACUUCCAAUGAAGUAAGGCAUUUCCGUAUAUUGAUAAUACACGUUAGACUGUAAGAAGAGGACCCCUUAUAUUAGUAGCCCUUUAGAAAAAGUCCUUCGCCUUUUUUUAUAUUGCUCGCGGACGAAGAAAUCGACCUCUCUCGACUUUGUCGCUCGCUCAGCCGCUUUGCCGCAUAACAGGCUCGCUUUUGAGCUUUUUUGCGGUAAAACUUGUUAGGUCGACUUGUAGCAACAGAUCACCUUGGGUAUUGAUAUUUGCCUUUGCGAUAGCCGCCUGUACUGGGAGGCGUAGAAGAAGUGCAAUACAAUUCUUCUGUCAUUCAAAUUCACCUGUGAUCCGGUCCCAAAGUACCCGCAGGCGGGUGUACAGGAUUCUGUUUCUGUAGUUCAGGUGUAUUAGACAAGAAAGUUGCACCGAACUUAAGAGCAGACUUCACCGAUCCUGACAGAUGCGGCCGUCUAGUUUUAAAUACUGUUAUGCGUGCCGGUGAAAUCAGCCAGUGUGACAGCUUGCCAUGGGUACACCUAGCACACAUUGACUUUAUGCCUUGAUUUUUUGGUCAUUGGUUGUGUUGUUAAGUAUCUAUUUUCUUAGUUAUUUUGGAUGUGAAGCAGUAAGUCGUGCUUUGAGUCAUCUUUCGACAUAUGUCAGAAGACGAUUGUCUGUUUUACGAACGAUCAAUUGACAAUAUGUAUGAUAAUCAUGGAAAACUAGCGGCCACCAUAUCUAGUCGACUUUAAUGGCACUGUCAGUGUAUUUGGGGUCUUGAACGACAGGUUUAUUCAAACUCCUAUUCUUCUUACUUUGGAAAGUAUCGCCAAGGCAGGUUUCGAGUGUCUCGGCCUGUCGCUAAAUUUUGGUCAAAUUUUUUACAAGGCAAAUUUCAUUCGCGACCCGGCAGAGCUCUGCUGCGCAUGACCGCAAGGGUCAGUCACGUCUGGGUUUGCUUUUGCACAUGAAAAACACGAAAAAGCUUCAAUUACGGUGAAUUUGACAGCCUUAUUACCAAUGCUAUAAAUUUUGCGUUAGCCUGCUCCAGAUGUUAAAACUUAUACAAAAAACUCGCGUGGCCUGGAGUUAGCGAAGAGGCUAACUUCGCCACAGAAGAAACUAAACCUCUGUAGGCUAAGUCUGUCUGCAAAACAGCGCCGACAUCCUUGUUCUUAGCCCCCAGCUAGUGCCUGUGUACCAGAAUUUGAGUAAGCGCCAUGGUUGGCCUAGCCUGCGAGCAAGCUCUCUGGAGCGCCCAGGAGGCUCAGAACAAGGAUCUCGGCGUUGCGAAGCAGGCUAUCUCAGAUCACGCGCGUCGUUUUUUCUCUCGACCUUGUUCUCGCGACUUCCCUACUGCCUGCGUGCUUGAAAGAGGAGUAAUUUUGUGUAAGUUGAAUGAUCUGUGAGAAGGAUGGUUACUUUUAGGGUUGCAAUAGAUCAUAAGUAAUAUGUAUUGCUUUCAGGAGACUGGUCAGCCUAAAAUAGUCCAAGACAACUCUAUGAAGUUAGGAGAUGACAUAAACUUGUCAGAACAGAAUGAUGUUCAGCUUGACCCAGAGCUCAAACAAAACAGAUAUCCUGAUUUAACUGGAGCCAAGUCCAUUAUGUCCAAAUAUCUCACAAGGGAAGUCUUUGAGAGGCUGAAGGAAAAGAAGACGCCCAAAGGAUUCACCAUUGCCCGAGCAGUUAAUACUGGAGUCCGAAACAAAGAAAAGUCCCUGAUGGGUUGCCACGCCGGAGACACAGAGUCCUAUGCUGUCUUUGCGGAAUUUUUUGAUCCUGUCAUUGAAGAGUAUCACCGUGGUUUCAAGCCGGGAGAUAAGCAUAUCACUGAUAUGAAUGUAGAAAAUCUCAAAGGCAACAUCAGCGACCCAACCAAGAUCAUCUCUACACGAAUCAGGGUAGCCAGGAACAUUUCUGGCUUCAACCUUGCUCCCGGGCAGAAUACCAAAGAUGAAAAGCUGGCGAUAGAAGCCUUAAUGCUGAAAGUUUUUGACAAAUUGGAGGGAGAUUUGGCAGGUCACUACUAUUCAUUGGUGAAGAUCACUGAAGAUGAACGUCAGCAGCUGGUGAGAGAGCAUUUGUUAUUUAAGGGCAACGACAAGAUGCAAGCUGACAGUGGGUAUCAUCGUUGGUGGCCACAUGGACGAGGGAUCUACCUUAACGAUAGCAAAACCUUCGCCGUGUGGCUCAACGAAGGUGACCACAUCCGUGUGAUUUCAAUUCAGCAAGGUGGCGAUGCCAGGUCGGUGUUUGCAACGCUGGUGAAAGCGGUGAACACAAUCGAGAAGCUCCUUCAAGAGUUAGAUGGCCGUACUUUUCAGAAGACCGACCAUCUUGGCAUGAUCACCUGCUGUCCCACUAACCUCGGAACAGGUUUGCGGGGAGGAGUGCUGAUCCAGCUGCAGAAACUUGUGGCCAAGAUGGGAGAGGAUGGUCUAAAAGAAUGGGCUAAAGAAAACCACUUGCAAGUCCGUGGUCUGUAUGGAGAGCAUUCAGACUCUUCUGGCGCCAUCUAUGACAUCUCUAACAAAUACCGGCUUGGUUACUCAGAGGUACAGCUGGUGCAAUUUGUGAUUGACGGCGUGAAUAAGUUGAUCAAAAUGGAAGAAUCGGCUUGAGAAGGACCGCUGUCUACUGCGCAAUUCAGGGAAUAGUUGAAACUUGUAUUUGUAGAUCUUAUUACUCAGAGUGUUGUCAUAACUUUUGUACAGUUAAACUUGGACUAGUCUUCCUCCAAGCUAGCGUUUUCUGAGCACUGGAAAUC